AUGACUGCGUACGGACACAUGCCGGGCGAGGCGAUCGAAUGCCUCUCAAUCGCCGUCGAGUUGCACAAGCAGGAGGUGGUGGAUGCGAUGGGACAGGUCACAAUUCGUGUCGGCUUCAAGAUUGGCGGUGGGAUUGAUCAGGAUCCGACGAAGGCGCCGUUCAAGUACCCGGACGCUGGAGUUUACAUUACCAAUGUGGAGCCGGGGUCGCCGGCGGAAGCGGCCGGAUUGAGAAAGCACGAUAAGAUUCUGCAGGUGAGAGAAAUACAAAAGUAACGAAGUUUAAAAAGCGAUAGUUUUUAUUUACAGGUUAAUGGCGCCGACUUCACGAUGAUGACUCAUGAUCGGGCGGUGAAGUUCAUAAAGCAGUCGAACGUGUUGCACAUGCUCGUCGCGAGAGCCGAUCUUCCGCCUGUGAGCCUCCACUAA